AUGUGCGAGUCGAGCACCAUCCGGGUGGUAUGCCCGACCUGCGAGAGGCAGAUCACGUCGCACACUAACAUGCACUGGUGCCGCGAGGCGCGGCGCCGGGCGCUGUACGGGCGCUGCCGGAUGGGGGAUUGCAAGAAGGAUGAGGAGUACAGAGGGCUUAACUGCAGCCCUUGUCGAGACAAAGCUGAGGAGCAGAUGGUCAAGGAGGGCUACGGGUAUGCUGAUGCGAAGGGAUAUACCUGGUAA